CUUUCAUCUUCGUUGGCAAGUUGUGUGCGCAGCUCUCAGAUUUCAACAAAAAAUUUAGUAAAAAGUUUUUACUUGCUGAACAAUAAAUUAGUUACUCGACAAUGGCAAAUUUCGAUGGGGAACUGCUCAGCAGGACAUUCAGGGGCGUGCCGUACUGCUUCUGUCGUACCUGUUGUAUGUUUGGCGGACUGCCGAGAGAAUUGCCAAGUUUUAUUCGACAAGUUGGAGGAAAGUUGUGGAAGCCGUUCGCAAUUCUGCCAAAUAUUGAAGGUCAAAAGUUUACAAUUGGAGAGACUUUUUCCAGUCGGGAAGAACACGGUGAAUUCAUUUUCUGGAAACGUCCCAUGAAGGAAAAAUUGAAUAUUACGACAGGAGGAAACUUGCCAGUUUGUGAGAUCACCUGCGCGGAAGAUAAGUACUGGGUUGCUCCUUUGUUAUCAGGGGGGGAGGUCGUUGCCGUGAAUGAUGUCGAAAUUCAAGACAGAACAGAGCUAAAAUUUGGCGAUUAUUUAUCCUUGGGGGUUCCAGCGACUCCAGAGGAACUGGAAAAUUGGAAACACAGCUUCCCUCCAUUUAUCCGUUUUCCUGAUAACGAGGAUGAGAUGCCUGGCUGGGCUAAACUGGAGUUGGAUGCGUUCGAGAGUACUCAUCGCCUCGUUUUGUUGUUCCAGAGAAGAGAAUAUGACUUUGAUUCGUUCUGGAGGAGAGAGCUUGAGCAAAGAAAGGAAGAAAAGAAAACGAGCAAGAACGAAACCGAUGUUGACCUGAAUUUGGAACAUGUCGAGAAGAAAAAAGAAACAGGCUUUAGUCCACCGUUGGACGACUUGGUGGUGUCCCUCAUUUUGUCAUAUCUUCCGUUCGAUGAUGUGAAAAAUGUGCGUUUCCUCUCAAAAGUUUGGAAUCGAGAAGCUCUCCGCCUCAUGAAGAAGAAGGGUCUCGUAAAAUUCGAUUUUUCACUCGGUUACAAGAAAUUGGACGAUUCCACAAAACUGUUCCGCUACAAUCACGAAAUGCAGGAAAAUCCAAUCCCCCACUGGCGAAUUGCAAUCCCUUGUAUCGGCUUGAAUGAAUAUGUCCAUGAGAUCCGCCCCGCUCAGGGGGAAAAAGUCAUCGCAGAUUUCCACAGGUUUCUCGGAUUGAAAACGCACAACGUCACAUCGUUAGAUUUUGGUGGAAAGAUUGCAUCAAAAUUUGAUUAUGAUGAACAAAUCAGAAUUUUGGAAAUGUGCCCAAUCCAAACUAUUCAAAAUUUCGAGUUGGGCUGGACUUGGAUUCAAGACGAAGCAUCUGGACAAGGGUAUCGUUUUCCGUCCAGAAUUAAAUUCACCAACUUGGAAACGUUCGUCCUCUCGAUGGACGUUGGGCACUACGACAUUGAAGGCGACGGUGGACCCAGCCGGGACUGUUCUUCCCUGACUCCAUGGUUUAGCCCAUUCCUUCAUGCUGUCAAAGGAGUACGCGUUCUCAUUCUGAAGUGCACUUUCUCCGCCCUUUUGGAAACGUUUUAUGACCUAGCUAAACCAUUCCGGAACUUGGAAGAGAUUACCAUUCAGCGAAACAUUACUCCGAAAGGGCUCAAAUUUCUGAACAAAUUGAAGAAACCCUUAACAAAAAUGAAUAUUGGGAGAUUUGAGCACUGGAAAAAGCCACAAUACCUCGGAUUUGGACGACUCCUUCGCAAACAUUCCCAGACAUUGACCUCACUGAAGAUUACUCUUGGAAAUUGUGUAAAGAGCAAUACGAAUCUUAACCUGCCAAGUUUUCCGUCGCUCAAAGAACUCCACGUAGCCAAGGAUUCUUGGAGCGAUCAAGACGAAACGUUUCCACUUAAGGUGUCGUUCGAUGGGGAUGAUGGCAUUUCGUACGCCAAGCAUUUUUCUUCCCUUGUAUCCUUGAAGUUGGGAGAGGACAAUCGAGGUUUUCUUGUGAGGAGUAAUGAGAAUGAAAAUGAUGAUCUUUACCAUACAUUUUUGCCCCUCGGAGAUGGAGAAGAUGGCAAUACAGGAUUUCAAGUCUGUAAAACUUUGCGGCGUCUGGACCUCCCGACCAAGGCAACUUUGGAAUCAGGUUCGCUUUUUGCCAGAGCAGGCGAAAUUGCAAGAAUGUUCCCAAAUGUUCACAACCCGUGGAUCGACAAGGCUCGAGAAUCAUCGGAGAACCCGACUGAGCAAGUUUCUUCUAAUUAAAUUAAUAGAAAUGGAUGGACCGAUUAUUUAUGGACACAAAUUUUUGGAAAUGGAAGGAGUCGACUCGACACAUGAUUUUUUUUUAUAAUUAUUUAUUUAUUGUAUAAUUUACAUAUUUCAAACUCAAUAAUCUUUGUUUACAUUUUUUUCUAUCAAUUACCCAGAAAGAAUUGAGUUUGUUACUAUUUUUCGUAUCUUUUUUACUCAAUUGUCCAGAUUAUUGUUGAUAUGUAUAAAUGUAAUACUUUAUAAAAAGUACUGAAUUUCUGAACGUAUGUAUGCCUUCUUGACUUGAACCUUAUACUUUUUGGAUAUUAAGUUUUUCAUUUAAAAAUUAUUUAUUUCAAUUUAAGGUUAGUUGCGGCCAAUUAUUCAUACAAAUCUCAUAUGUAUUAUAUUAUAGCUUUCGUACAUAACAAUACCACAUUUAAUAAGACUUCACAUCAUUGGAAAAUUUCUCGCCUGUUCAUAAACAUGUGCACUAUGGGUAAACUUACAUACAUAAAUCUGUUAUUUCAAGGGCGUCGUUGACAGAUAGAUACUUUAGAUUCAUAAAAUUUGAUGUUCUAGUUACAGAUUUAAAAUACAGCGAGGAUUUUCAUAUUUUGAAUUUUUUUAAACCACAAUUUGAAACGCACAAAUGAAAUUUAAAUAUUUAAAGCGUUUUUACACAUUUACUAACUCAAUCCAUCUGAAAAUCCUUAAUUGUUCGCAUUUUUGCUAAACCAUUCCACAGCUUCGUCAAUGCUCACCUUUCCGUCUUUAUUUGUGUCCGCCUCCUCCACAAAGGUUUUAUAGUUUACCGUUGGGAAGGAUGGGUCAUGAAUUAACAACAUUGCUACGAUACAUUUGAACUCGGAUUCGUCAAUAAAUCCGUCCUUAUCUCGGUCAAGUGUGGUAACAUGGAUUUUCAUUAAUGCUUUCGUGUCAUCAACUUUU